AUGAGGAAGAAGGAUAAAAAUGAAUUAUUCUAUAUCCAUCAGUGUGUGGAUACGAAGGUAUUUGAGAAGAUUGUUGACUCGACGACGGCGAAAGUGGCGUGGGAUACAAUUGUGCGGUGCUACGGUGGCAAGGCAUCAGUGAAGAAAGUAAGGUUACAGUCCAUACACAAGCAAUACGAGAUUCUCAUCAUGAAGAAAAAUGAAAAGGUGCCUCAUUACAUCUCCAGAAUGAUUAUGGUCACGAAUGAGAUGAAGGCUCGUGGUGAAACGCUCUCUGAACAAGUAAUCAUUGAAAAGAAAAAGAAACAAGCAUGGCUUGAGAACACGAAAAAGAAUGGUGGUGGUGCUCAAAAGUCAGAAUUCUCCAAUAAAUAUGAGAAAAAACAUAAGAAUGUUGAGAAGGGAAAGGAGAAGUUUGAUAAGAGAAAAGUUCAGUUCUACAAUUAUAAAAAGUUUGGCCAUUUUGCUGCUGAUUAUAGGUCAAAUAAAGAAAGAAAGGUUGAACAAGCCAAGAUAUCCCGAGGAGAUUCUGAGGAUGAACCUGUGCUAUUGAUGGCAUUUGAGAUUGAAGGUGGAAAAACGGUGGACUGGUGGUAUAUGGACACCAGCUGCUCAAAUAACCUAACUUGA